GAAAGGCCUCGGGCACAGCUUAACUUGAACAAAAAAGCCAAACAAGAAAAACGCGGCGGCGGUUGAUGAAGAAAGGGAAAGAAAUGGCGGAAACCAUAUGUCAAAGCACAAAGGAUCCAUGGCGAGUCUUAGAAUUCUAUAGUGGCAUUGGUGGCAUGAGGUAUUCUCUAAUGAAAGCUGGCGUCAACUAUCAUGUAAUCGAAGCCUUCGAGAUCAACGAUAAAGCUAAUGAUGUUUAUCAGCACAAUUUUGGUCACCGCCCUUAUCAGGGAAAUAUUCAGAGCCUAACUGAAGUCGAUCUUGAUAGUUAUCAAGCAAAUGUGUGGCUUCUUUCUCCUCCUUGUCAACCAUAUACUAGACAAGGUCUCCAGAAACACUCUGCCGAUGCUCGAGCGUUUUCAUUUCUUAAUAUUCUCGAACUUAUGCCACGUAUGUCAAAACCUCCAGAUAUGUUACUUGUAGAAAAUGUUGUCGGAUUCGAGACUUCAGAUACUCAUGCAAAAAUGGUAGAAGUAUUGGCAAAUUCCGGUCUUGUUACGCAGGAGUUUAUUUUGAGCCCACUUCAAUUUGGUGUUCCAUAUUCCAGACCACGCUAUUUUUGCCUGGCAAAACGAAAGCCUUUAUCUUUUCAGUACCAGCUGUUCAAUAACCAGCUUCUCUUGUCUCCGAGCCCGUUAUUUGGUAACAAUGAGAAGACAGUGAUUGAUGAAAACAGUCAAUCACAAGAGAACUGGGAUAAGUUAAUUGAUUCUUGCCAGCCAAUAGAAAACUUUCUUGAAUUUACAUCUUCAAGUGAUCAAGUAAACACGGAAACCGGUCCUUUCGCGAAUGCUGAAGUUUCCGGAAAUGACCAGGAAACUUCAGAGACAUUUGUCGAAGGAGAUGAAUUCGAUUUUGGUGCUAUAGAUCAGUUUGUAGUUCCAUUAAGUCUAAUCGAGAGGUGGGGAAGUGCUAUGGAUAUUGUUUACCCGGAUUCGAAACGAUGUUGUUGUUUUACGAAAAGCUAUUAUCGGUAUGUGAAAGGUACCGGCUCCCUUUUGGCAACUAUCCAGCCAAAGAACAAGGGAAAAACAUCUUCUUUAAAGGAGCAGUGCCUUAGAUAUUUUACUCCGAGGGAGGUAGCCAAUUUGCAUUCUUUUCCAAAAGAUUUUCAGUUCCCAAAGCACAUAAGCCUUAGACAACGUUACGCGAUGCUUGGAAAUAGUUUAAGUGUAGCCGUUGUUGCCCCCUUACUCCAGUACAUGUUUGCUAACCGUCAUGAUUUUUCAGCACAAGAAUUACAUUAACACCGGAUGCAUAUCUAUUUCACUUCUUCAGACACACGACCUUUGCGUGUCCAAAGUUCUUAAGCAAUGGCAUUGGGGCGCCACUUGAAUUUAGCCUGAGAAAACUAUGUUAGCCGUUGACUGAGUCGUUGCUUCUUGCAUCAGGUCGGUUCUCGUAGUUCAUAUAUUCGGUAACCUGAGAGAAUGUGUAGAAAUCGUAUUAUAGGUAAUGUAUCUUAGAUGGAUACGGAUACGGAUUAUAGAAUACAUUCUAAAAAAAUCCAAUUAAUUGUUAGGCUCAGUUGAUUUGCCUAUACUCUCAAACUUUAAUCAUUCUAUUAAAAACUCUAUUUAUUUUUACGGUUAAAAA